CGCGUAACGUCGAGGGAAGGGCGAGGGGGAAACCUGGGCCCGGGCAGAGCGGGAGGAAGAGGGGGCGAGGAGAGGCUGAACGGCCAGGAAAAGGAGCUGAGCGACACAUUAACCUUCCGCUUGCCACCUCUGGCGCCCGUUAACCUCGCGGCGCGGACAGGGCCAGCGCCGGUUCCGCUCAGGCGCGCGAGCUGUGCCCUGCCCGCUCCGGGCGGGGCUCAGCUCCUCUGCGGACGCACCCGUAGUUUCUCCCAGGUCGGCGCCCCCCCCAAGGGGCACCAGAGCCACAUGUCUUCUAGUAACAGCCCCCGCCGUUGGGGGUGGCGCCUGCCCGUGCCAGAGCCGCCGCGCUUGCGCACCCGACGGUCCCUCGGGCGGCUGACCCAGGUUCGCCGAACCCGGCACCCUCGCGCGCUCGGCACCCCUGGCCCGGGCUAUGGUCACGUGGGCCACUCGGCUAGUUUGUGACUGUGCGGGGCGCGGAGUUGGGGAUAGGGAGGCCUGUGCCCAGUGAGGUCAUAGGCGGACUGGACUGCCAGGUGGUAAAGCCCGGGGCCGCUGGGAGCUUGCGCUUGAAGUCUUCCCAUCCCUUCUUCAAUCGCCCAUUCCCCAACUCUCCCCACCCCCGGUCUUUAUUUUCAUUCCAGACGGUUCCAGCCCAACAGCCGCCAAACCCACGUGGGAUGGCGAGAUGCGAAAGUUUCCAGCUACGAACGGUUUGCAGUUUUUUUUUUUUUUCCCUUGAUCACUUUUUUUGGCAGGGGCAGAGAGCAACGGUAGCGUGCGGGUUUAAAUGCGCUUUCUUUGACUGCUGUAGAGAAACGCUGGACUGGAGGGCAAACUCCAAGGGGACAAAAAAGGGGAGGGAGCCUGAGCCCGAGAGCUCCCAUCCCCCACACUCUGAGCGCUUCAGCCCCUGGGGCACCUCAAGGGACUACUUGCUUGUGCGUCAGCGAGUUCCAGAGCGUCACACACACGCCUCCUCCGCCUAGCCCCACUCCGCCCCUCCCCUUCUUUUUCCUCCUUUACCUCGUUCUCCUCCCCUCCCCUCCCCUCCCCCCCCCUCCCCUCCCCUAGCGUCGCGAGUUCCAACCGGGCAGCGAGACCCGGCCGACUCAGGGUGCCAGAGUACUGGAGAGCUAAAAAUAUAACCGGUCACCGUUCUGGCCAAAUUGCAUCCUACUGGGAAACCUUACAAGACAGGAUGAGAAAGUGCUGAAAACACACCAGCCUUGAGGAAUAUCACUGAAACAAAACUGAGAAAUCCAGCUUCCUUGUUAUCCAAGAAAAUAGCUCCUCAGUUUGAUUCUUCAGAUCCACUCCUCCAACUGGGCAGGAGCAAAGACAGCCACAACAGCAAUUAGCUUUGGAGAAGAGUGAUUGGAUGGAUGCCAAGGGCAAAUGAUUUGCUAUGUACUGACCUGAUGUGAGUGAAUUCUAGUAAACAAGGUUCCUCACACGGGAGCUCCGCCCAAGGCGCUCGCAGGACUCGGCGCCUCUCGGGAGGCCCAGCCUUCACUGUGUUGCGUUUCUAUUCAAGCCACGCCCCCUGCCCGAAGGCUUUAAGUACGCCGUGUGCACGUCAUUUUCAAGCGACCUCAUCUUUGUCAGUGCACAAAAUGGCGCCUUACAACCUGCUGGUGACCCGGCUGCAGAAAGCCCUGGGUGUGCGGCAGUACCAUGUGGCCUCGGUCCUGUGCCAGCGGGCCGAGGUGGCCAUGAGCCACUUUGAGCCCACUGAGUACAUCCGCUAUGACCUGCUCGAGAAGAACAUUAACGUCGUCCGCAAACGGUUGAACCGGCCUCUGACCCUCUCAGAGAAGAUCGUGUAUGGACACCUGGAUGACCCGGCCCACCAGGAGAUCGAGCGAGGCAAGACCUACCUGCGGCUGCGGCCUGACCGCGUGGCCAUGCAGGAUGCCACGGCCCAGAUGGCCAUGUUGCAGUUCAUCAGCAGUGGACUGCCCAAGGUGGCUGUGCCGUCCACCAUCCACUGUGACCACCUGAUCGAGGCCCAGCUCGGGGGUGAGAAAGACCUGCGUCGGGCCAAGGACAUAAACCAGGAAGUGUAUAAUUUCCUGGCAUCUGCAGGUGCCAAGUACGGCGUGGGCUUCUGGAGGCCUGGCUCUGGAAUCAUUCACCAGAUCAUUCUGGAAAACUAUGCAUACCCUGGGGUUCUUCUCAUUGGCACUGAUUCCCACACCCCCAAUGGUGGUGGCCUGGGGGGCAUCUGCAUUGGAGUUGGGGGCGCUGAUGCAGUGGACGUCAUGGCUGGGAUCCCCUGGGAGCUGAAGUGCCCCAAGGUGAUCGGUGUGAAGCUGACAGGCUCACUCUCCGGUUGGACCUCACCCAAAGAUGUGAUCCUAAAGGUGGCGGGCAUCCUCACAGUAAAAGGCGGCACGGGCGCGAUUGUGGAGUACCACGGGCCUGGCAUAGACUCCAUCUCCUGCACUGGCAUGGCGACAAUCUGCAACAUGGGUGCAGAAAUUGGGGCCACCACUUCGGUGUUUCCUUACAACCACAGGAUGAAGAAGUACCUGAGCAAGACAGGCCGGGCAGACAUUGCCAACCUUGCUGAUGAAUUCAAGGAUCACUUGGUACCUGACCCUGGCUGCCAUUAUGACCAACUGAUAGAAAUUAACCUCAGCGAGCUGAAGCCGCACAUCAAUGGGCCCUUCACCCCUGACCUGGCUCACCCUGUGGCAGAAGUGGGCAGUGUGGCAGAGAAGGAGGGGUGGCCCCUGGACAUCCGAGUAGGUCUGAUUGGCAGCUGUACCAACUCCAGCUACGAGGACAUGGGGCGUUCAGCUGCUGUGGCCAAGCAGGCACUGGCUCAUGGACUCAAGUGCAAGUCGCAGUUCACCAUCACGCCAGGCUCUGAGCAGAUCCGUGCCACCAUUGAGCGGGACGGCUACGCACAGAUCCUGAGGGACGUGGGUGGCAUUGUCCUGGCCAAUGCCUGUGGCCCCUGCAUUGGCCAGUGGGACAGAAAGGACAUCAAGAAGGGGGAGAAGAACACCAUCGUCACCUCCUACAACAGGAACUUCACAGGCCGCAAUGAUGCAAACCCCGAGACCCAUGCCUUUGUCACAUCCCCUGAGAUUGUCACAGCCCUGGCCAUUGCUGGCACCCUCAAGUUCAACCCAGAUACUGACUUCCUGACGGGCAAGGAUGGCAAGAAGUUCAAGCUGGAGGCUCCAGACGCAGAUGAGCUUCCCCGAGCGGAGUUCGAUCCUGGACAGGACACCUACCAGCACCCCCCUAAGGACAGCAGCGGGCAGCGGGUGGACGUGAGUCCCACCAGCCAGCGUCUGCAGCUCCUGGAGCCUUUUGACAAGUGGGACGGCAAAGACCUGGAGGACCUGCAGAUCCUCAUCAAGGUCAAAGGGAAGUGUACCACUGACCACAUCUCGGCUGCUGGCCCCUGGCUCAAGUUCCGUGGGCACCUGGACAACAUCUCCAAUAAUCUGCUCAUCGGUGCCAUCAACAUCGAAAAUGGCAAGGCCAACUCUGUGCGCAAUGCCGUCACCCAGGAGUUUGGUCCCGUCCCUGACACUGCCCGCUACUACAAGGCACAUGGCAUCCGGUGGGUGGUGAUCGGAGAUGAGAACUACGGCGAGGGCUCGAGCCGGGAGCACGCGGCACUGGAGCCUCGCCACCUCGGGGGCCGGGCCAUCAUCACCAAGAGCUUCGCCAGGAUCCACGAAACCAACCUGAAGAAGCAGGGUCUACUGCCCCUCACCUUCGCUGACCCAGCUGACUACAACAAGAUUCACCCUGUGGACAAGCUGACCAUCCAGGGCCUGAAGGACUUUACCCCUGGCAAGCCCCUGAAAUGCAUCAUCAAGCACCCCAACGGGACCCAGGAGACCAUCCUCCUGAACCACACCUUCAACGAGACCCAGAUCGAGUGGUUCCGCGCUGGCAGUGCUCUGAACAGAAUGAAGGAGCUGCAGCAGAAGUAAGGUCCGCUCUGCCACCAGCGCCCGCCCGUCCUGCUCCUCGGACCCAGCUCCGGUGUCACAAGUGCAGUUCUGCGUCACCAGAACCGGAUCUGAUCCGAUCCAGCCGUGGCUUCGCUCACCACCGAGAUGGUGUGGCCAGGCCUCCUGGCCUCUCUUCCCUCCGCCCAUGGAGCGACCCACAGGUGGGGGUGGGGAGGUUCUUAAAAUAACGUAUCAACCCCCCACCUUCCUGUUUUUAGUUUGGUUCAGAUCUUGAGCAGCUUUGGGCAACUGUAUUUAUUUUUAACGACAGACUCCCAUCUAAAGUUUUUCUCCUGCAUGAUCAUUUCACUGGUGGCUGAAGGGUUCGAAAGAUCCUUUUGCUCUUCUAAGGAAAAUAAGAAUCCAGAUUCAGUGAGUGUUC